GCCUAGAGUGGUUGCGAGGAAGCCCGGAGGGGCUGCUGGAACGGCCAAUCAGGGGCCAGGAGGGCCAUAUAAAAGGAGCUGCAGAAUAGCACAGCAGUUAGUUGCUGCUUGGAGCUGGGGAAGAAAGGAUUGCAUGCCUGGGUGGAAGACAGGCUGCCGAGCCCCGGCCAUGCCUUGCUCCGGCUGGUCCCAGCCUCCCCGGGGACGGGGAGCGGAAACAGGGGCCAUGGAGCCCCCUCAGGGGCCGGUGUCCUUCGAGGCGGUGGCCGUGUAUUUCACCAAGGGGGAGUGGGCUCUGCUGGACCCCGCUCAGAGAGCCCUCUACAGAGACGUCAUGCAGGAGACCUAUGAGACUGUGACCUCGCUCGAGUUUCCAGUUUCCAAACCUGAUGUGAUCUCCCAGCUGGAACAAGGGGAUGAGCCGUGGGUCCCAGACCUCCAGGGCUCAGAUGAACAAGAGAUCCUGAGAGGUGCCUUCACAGCAGGUGGUGGGAUGGUGAGUGAGAAUGAGGAGCAGAAUCCUCAGCAGAAGGAAGCUGAGCAUGUGGACCUGCACGGGGUAUUGUUGCAAAGAUCCAAACGGAAUGUGUCCAGGAGUCAUGAGCAGCAAAAAAGUUGUGAGAGUCAGCACAGGCCAGAGAGGCAGCAGGGAAACCCGCCAGAAGAGAAAGUGGCUAAACCCAUUAAUAGUCAGGGAACUCAUGAGGACCUCAAGGGGACCACAGGCCAGCACAGAAUCCUCACAGGAGAGAGAAAAAACACAUGCACUGAGUGUGGGAAAAACUUCCAUAGAUGUGCAGACCUUAUUAAUCAUGAGAGAAUCCACACAGGAGAGAGACCCUAUGAAUGUAGUCAGUGUGGGAAAACAUUCACUCAAAGUUCAGCCCUUUCUAGGCAUCAGAGAAUCCAUACAGGGGACAGACUCUAUGAAUGCUGUGAAUGUGGGAAAAACUUAUCUGACAGAUCAACCCUUAUUCAGCAUCAGAGAAUCCACACAGGGGAGAGACCAUAUAAAUGCAGUGAAUGUGGGAAAAGCUUCACUGACAGGUCAGGCCAUAUUUAUCAUCAGCGAAUCCACACAGGGGAGAGACCCUAUAAAUGCUGUGAGUGUGGGAAAACCUUCAUUCAGCGCACAACCCUUGUUACACACCAGCGACUUCACACAGGAGAGAGACCCUAUGCAUGCCAUGAGUGUGGGAAAAGCUUCACCUCCAGCUCAACCCUUGUUACACAUCAAAGAAUCCAUACUGGGGAGAGACCCUAUGAAUGUUGUGAGUGCGGAAAAAGCUUCACUCAGAGCUCAGCCCUUAUUACACAUCAGAGAAUCCACAGUGGAGAGAGACCGUAUGAAUGCAGUGAGUGCGGGAAAAGCUUCACUCAGAGCUCAGCCCUUAUUACACAUCAGAGAAUCCACAGCGGAGAGAGACCCUAUGAAUGUUGUGAGUGCGGGAAAUGCUUCACUCGGAGCUCAGUCCUUCUUUAUCAUCAGAGAAUCCACAAGGGAGAGGAACACCAUAAAAACCUUCUCCACCUUUUUGGGGUGAAUCCCAUGGUCCUUUCUGUCAACUCCAUAGUCUCCUAUGCAUCAUGGGAAUUUGUGACCCUCCUACAAGGAAUGUUCAUCACCUCCAGAAAUACAUUUGUCAUGUUUGGAGAUGCCAUCCUCACUAACACUGAUGAAAUAUUGCAUGGUUUGGUGAAGAAUUCUACUCCAGAGAAGUAUAAAUUUACCCCAAACAAGGCCAAGGAUUUGGCAAGAACUCAGGCCCUCUACAGAGACGUCAUGCAGGAGAACUAUGAGACUGUGACCUCGCUGGAGUUUCCAGUUUCCAAACCUGAUGUGAUCUCCCAGCUGGAACAAGGGGAUGAGCCGUGGGUCCCAGACCUCCAGGGCUCAGAUGAACAAGAGAUCCUGAGAGGUGCCUUCACAGCAGGUGGUGGGAUGGUGAGUGAGAAUGAGGAGCAGAAUCCUCAACAGAAGGAGGCUGAUCAUGUGGACCUGCACGGGGUAUUGUUGCAAAGAUCCAAAUGGAAUGUGUCCAGGAGUCAUGAGCAGCAAAAAAGUUGUGAGAGUCAGCACAGGCCAGAGAGGCAGCAGGGAAACCCGCCAGAAGAGAAAGUGGCUAAAUCCAUUAACAGUCAGGGAACUCAUAAGGACCUCAAGGGGACCACAGGCCAGCACAGAUUCCUCACAGGAGAGAGAAAAAACACAUGCGCUGAGUGCGGGAAAAACUUCCGUAGACGUGCAGACCUUAUUAAUCAUGAGAGAAUCCACACAGGAGAGAGACCCUAUGAAUGUAGUCAGUGUGGGAAAACCUUCACUCAAAGUUCAGCUCUUACUAGGCAUCAGAGAAUCCAUACAGGGGACAGACCCUAUGAAUGCUGUGAAUGUGGGAAAAACUUCUCUGACAGAUCAACCCUUAUUCAGCAUCAGAGGAUCCACACAGGGGAGAGACCAUAUAAAUGCAGUGAAUGUGGGAAAAGCUUCACUGACAGCUCAGCCCUGAUUCAACAUCAGAGAAUCCACACGGGAGAGAGACCCUAUAAAUGCUGUGAGUGUGGGAAAAACUUCACUCAGCGCUCAACCCUUAUUACACACCAGCGACUUCACACAGGAGAGAGACCCUAUGAAUGCUGUGAGUGCCGGAAAAACUUUAGUAAUUGCUCAGCACUUAUUUAUCAUCAGCGAAUCCACACAGGAGAAAGACCCUAUGAAUGCUGUGAGUGUGGGAAAACCUUCACUGACAGCUCAACCCUUGUUACACACCAGAGAAUCCACACAGGAGAGAGACCUUAUGAAUGCCAUCAGUGUGGGAAAACCUUCACUGCCAGCUCAACCCUUGUUACACAUCAACGAAUCCAUACUGGGGAGAGACCCUACGAAUGCUGUGAGUGCGGGAAAAGCUUCACUCAGCGCUCAACCCUUAUUACACAUCAGAGAAUCCACAUAGGCGAGAGACCCUACAUAUGCUAUGAGUGUGGAAAAAGUUUCACUGACACCUCAACCCUUAUUACACAUCAGAGAAUCCACAGUGGAGAGAGACCGUAUGAAUGCAGUGAGUGCGGGAAAAGCUUCACUCAGAGCUCAGCCCUUAUUACGCAUCAGAGAAUCCACAGCGGAGAGAGACCCUAUGAAUGUUGUGAGUGCGGGAAAAGCUUCACUCGGAGCUCAGCCCUUCUUUAUCAUCAGAGAAUCCACAAGGGAGAGGAACACAGUAAUAACCUUGUCUAGAGCCGACAAAAGAUUUUUUUAUCUUUAAUAUUUUUGCUCAUUCCCACAUAGUGAACUUUAAAGCUAUUUGCACCAUUUCCUUCACUGUGGUACCUCAGCUCCCCCAGGUGAGUUGUCUGUUUUUGCCUUCUGCAGCUCCACCUUUUUGGGGUGAAUCCCAUGGUCCUUUCUGUCAACUCCAUAGUCUCCUAUGCAUCAUGGGAGUUUCUGGAACCUCCUACAAGGAAUGUUCAUCACCUCCAGGUCAGGGAGAUAUACAGGUGAGGUCAUCUAGCUAUAUCAAAGUAAAAUCUACUUGGUUUCAUCUCCACUAGGAUUUUCCAUGGAGUUGGCUAGCUUGAUUUCGCUAUCAUGAUGUAAAAACCUAACUAGUCUUGCAGUAAGGACAUAACCCAUGUACAGUCUCCAGGUUAUCUUCAUGUCCUGACCUAACGUCCUUUUUCUAGUCUAAGCAAACAUGGAGGAAGGAUCAAAUUUAUACUCUUCUUUCUACUGCAAAAUGAUUGUUCGAGCCUCCGAGUACACCCUUGGGCACAGAUUGUCUCAUUCCUAGAUGUCUACACAUUUCCCUGGGGUGUGCUGAACAAGAAUUGUUUUGGUACCCUUUUUCUCAUAUAAAAUAGAUUUAAAUAUAACAAAGAGCAGAAGCAGGAGUGGGGUGGGGGGGAAGAGGGAAGUGUCAUUUCAGGCUCUGGGACAUGUGAAAAAGAUGGAGGGAUUCCAUGCUUCCCCAUCACUCCAACACUCUUACCUUCUGUCUGAGGUAUGUAGAGUUUGUUCUUCAGAUUUUAGCCCUCCCAAAGUGUCAUGUGAUGCAGCGUCUUCAGCUUUCAUUGUUUCACAAACUUUAAUGCCAGAAGGGACCAUCAUGAUCAUCUUGUCUGACCUCCUGCACAUUGGAGGCCACAGAAACCCACCACCCUCUCCUGUAAUAGGCCCAUAACUGCUGGCAAAUUAGUUAAUCCACCUCCCUGAGAGGUGGUAGUCCUGCCAUCAACAUAGCACUGUCUACAUAGGGGAGGAAGGGGGUUAGGUCAGUAUAACCAUGUUGCUCAGGGGUGUGGAUUUACACCCCAAUCAAUGUAGUUAUACCAAUACAGGGCUGUAGUGUAGACCAGAUCUAAGUCUCCAUUUGUAAGGUAGGUUCUUGAUUCCUCCAAUCAUCCUAGUAGUCCUUUGUGAUUGGGAACUGUCCUUUGAUUUCUUUGAUCCUAAAUCAGACUCAUUAGCAGUAGAGAUGAAAGUGUCACCAACCUGGAAGGGGAAUCUGAAUGGAUUCCAAACACAGUGUCAUGAGUCAGCAUUGAAAUCCCAGUUUCCAUCUAUGGGCAAAGCUACUCCUGAGGUUUUUCCCGCUGAGUUAGGAUUAUUCGCAGGAGGAAAUUUGGGCUGUUUUCCCUAUUACAAUGAUGUUAAACCUUUAGUAAAUAACAUGACUAAUAAUAAUGAAACUGCACUGGGUGAAGUAGGUUUGAACAGAUCAGGGGAAAACAGGAUGGGGAGAAUCUCUUGUCCUGAUUCUGAGUCAUCAGAUGUAGCCUGCUCUGGAAAUUCACUUUGUAUGAAAUUUAAAUUGUUGUAUACCUCCUUGGGAUGUGGGUUUUUCUUUCUUUCUGAAGUCUGUUUGGUCACAUAACUGGAUAUUAAUUUUGUUUGACAGAAUGGAGCUCAGAUUUAUUUUGGGGGACUUUGAGAUAAAUGAUGAUUUGCUAAAAUAGGCAGGGAUGGUGUCCUUAGCCUCUGUUUGCCACAAACUGGUAAUGGGAGAUAGGGAAUGGAUCACUUGAUGUUUACCUGUUCUGUUCAUUCCCUCUGGGGCACCUGGCAUUGGCCACUGUCAGAAGACAGGAUACUGGGCUAGAUGGACCUUUGCUCUGACCCAGUAUGGCUGUACUUAUAUUCUUAUGUUCUUACUUUAUUUUUCCUUUUUCCCUACCCCUCCAUGAUGAUAUAGGGAAAGUUCCAGUCACCUGGAGACCAUACCCCAAGCUACUGGACAUGCUAACAAAGAAACCGUAGCAUUUUUAAAUCUCCACUCUGAAAUGGUGAACAACAUCAGACUAUGCAAAGGAUGCAACUAUCUGGAGUAACUGCAUGUGAUCACAGUAAUAUUCAAUAGUUUAGGUCAGUAUAGUCUCAGAUGAUCUGGAGUGAGAAUUCCACAGUAAGUGACUUGAAACUAGCCAAAAUACCCAUGUAUUCCCCGAAGCAGCUGUGACCCAGGCCUUACAGGAGAUUACUUAUGAAGAUAUCUCCUGCAUAAUCAAAUAACAUGGGAGAUAUUGUCCCUAACUAUGCAGAUACAGAGGAAAUAAAGGUGGUGGGUUUUUUUGAACUCACCCUUUGUAGGUGCUGUAAAUGUGUAUAAAAGUAAAUCAGUUUUGAAUGCGAGAUAGUUGCAGAAAAGUAUCUAUUUUUUAAUAGAAAUCCCACCUCUCCUAGUUUACAAAGCCUUGGCUGGGAUGAUUUGAUUGGGGAUUGGUCCUGCUUUGAGCAGGGGGUUGGACUAGAUGACCUCCUGAGGUCCCUUCCAACCCUGAUAUUCUAUGAUUCUAUGAUUCCUUAUGAUGCAAACCUGCCCACCUAGUGUGAGACAUCUUCCACCAUCCCUUACGGCAGGUGAUCGCCGGGUAAAUGAACUCACACAAGUUAGAGGCACCAAUGUUGGGGUGAACCACCGCUUUACUCACGGGUUCACAGGGUGGAAAUGGGGGGUGAAAAGAAAAGUAAGACCUGUAAUAGGGUUUUGCAAUCUUUGAAUAUAUUUUUAGCAAUGAAAAUGAAAUUAAACAUACAGUUAAUUAUUAGUUAGAGUAAGAGACUAAUUAUGUGACAAUUCAAAUUAUACUGGAAAUUAUAUAUAUUUUUUCUUUUUAGAAAUAUAGGAAAUGGUGGCUAAUCCUGAAAAGCUUAUUUGAUGUAAUUUAUCCCCUUUGGACUAAAGAGUUGUGAAUUAUAAUGUCAGUCUAAAGACUGGGGUGGUGGAAUAUAUGAGAGAUAUAUAUGAGAAUAAAGACCUGGUAUAGACUUCAGUUAUUUCUAUUUCAAAUGAAAUUUAUUUUGAUAAACUUUAAAGUAAAUUUCUAUUAAGAGGAAAACUACUUAAAGAGAUAAGUUUUACUUUAACCUUUUUACUCACUGAGAUUGUGAGGGUCACUGAAUUCCCCACUUCCCUUGUUUGCAAAGGAAAGAUAUGACAUCUCUCAUGAUAUAUCCACAUUUAUUUUUAAGCUUGGUGAUGGAUGCAUGAUGCAAUGAGUAGCUUUGCUGUUAAAAAAACUUUCCCAAAUAGGUAUUUUUAUGGGGGCUCAGACCCAUUGAACCCUGCGGCCAGUGUAUGGAAACCUUCUCAAACGGGCCUUGGGUUUGCACAUCCACACUGAAUGUGGUUUGCCACAAUAGA